AUAAUGUCAAUAAUCAUGGAAAUAAUUGGCAUAAACAAUAAUAUAAACAGUAAUUUUAUAAAGAAAUUUUAAAUUUGAAACAAAUGGUGGGGCAACUGAAAAGAGGAAGAAAAAAGAAAGGAGAAGAAAAAAUAACAAAACAAAAUAAAGAAAACGUAAAGCUAAAGCAAACCCUCUCGAAGCCUAUUAUAGCUAAGCGUCACUGCACUUUCUCACUCUUUCAAAUCCUCUCACUCUCCCAUCAAAAUCCGAGAAAAAGAAAAAGUUUAAAGAAACCCUAAUUUAAGAUCCGAUCGUCGUCAUCUUCAGUUCUCUGGAUCUUCAAUACCCAAACAGAAAACUCCAAAUUUGGCAACUUUUUUUCUUCUUUUCUCUCUGUGCUCUGUUUUCUGAUUUUGUCUGCCUAAAUGAAAGACAGAGGAAAGAGAACAGCAAUGGAGCGAAGGAACGACGACGUUUCGUUCUACUACAGCACUCCGUCGGAAUUCUCUUGCCGGAAACAUCCAUCUGUUUCCGCCGUCGGAAUUUGCCCUUACUGUCUCAACGACCGUUUAGUUAGCCUAGUCUGCUCCGAAUGUGGCGAACAGAGACUCUCUUCUUGCUCUUGCUCCGAUUUCUCUCCUAACCGAACCUCAAACGCCGCCGCAGACCCCGGAAACGUCGUUCGGAUCUCUUCUCUCAUCGACGAAGAGACAACGAAACAGAGGAAGACGGCGACGAUGGAGAAGAGCCGGAAAACAGAGGAAGUUGUGGUGUUCAAGAGGAGUAGCAGCAGUUGUGUUGAGAUGAAGAGGAAGAAUCAUAGAUUCUCCAAGAUCGGGAGGUUUUUCAGGAAGAUUCAUCUGAAAAAGGAAAGAGAUUUCGGAGUCGAUGAGAAGAGCAACAACGAUUCUUGGGUUUUGGAUUAUAACAACGAUGGCAAGAAGUUAGGGGUUUCGAGGUCGAGGUCGCUUUGUAGUUUCCGAGGAGGAAACGGAUAUUUUAUCGGGUCGGAAGAAGACGGGUCUUCUUAUUCCGGCGCGAGGAGCUCUUUCUCCGCCGCGAGAAGCUCUAGCGUCAAUGGCGGGUUAGGGGUUUUCGAGACGACGGAGCAUCGGAAGAGCAACUUCGAAGGGAGGAAAAGCAAUUUCAGCGAGAAAAGCAAUUUCGAAGGGAGGAAGAGCAAUUUCAGCGAGACGACGGAGAAUCGGAAAAGUAAUUUCAGUGAGUCGGAGCCGCCGCGGAGAAGCUGUUUCGAGGCGAGGAAGAGUAAUUUCAGUGAAACAGAGUAUCCACGGAGGAGUAACUUCAGCGAAACAGAGUAUAAUCGGAAGGUGAAUCCGGAGAAUAAUCAUCCACGGAGGAGCAAUUAUGAAGCAGCAAGGAAGAGCAAUUUCAACGAGACGACGACGACGACGGAGCAGCAUCGGAAAAGUGAUUCGGCGGCGAUGAAUUUUACGAGAAGGGUUUUGUCGAUGAAAGAGAGUUACUUUACCGGAGGAGAAGAGCCUGGUUUCAUAGAUCUCAAAUUCGAUUCCUCUGGAGGAGGAGGAGGAGAAGUGGUGGCGAACGACGGCGUUUUGGAGCACGGAGGAGGAGGGUCUUGCCGGUUAACGACGAAAGAUCGAGAGGUGAGUAAGAGUCGAAGGAGUUUCAAAGGAUGGAAAUGGAUAUUCGGACAUCAUCAUCUUCUUCAUCAUCAUCAAAGAGAUUCAUGAUGAUGAUGAUAGUGAUUGAUGAAACAAGGAAAGAUAUGAUUUUUAUGGGAUCCAAUAAGGAACAAUUGAGCUGUUUUGUGUGAUCCGAUGUCGAUUUUAGUCCAAAAGCUUUUAAUUUUGUUUUUUUUUUGUUAAAAUGAUUUGU